AUGGCAUCAGGACGGGACGGCUGUGAUUAUCGGAGCUCCCAUUAUCACACCAGUUAUGAACUGCAUGGCAUUGAAAACCUACCAGAAGGACCUGGUCUUGUUAUUUAUUACCAUGGGGCAAUUCCUUUGGACUACCUUUUCUUCAUUGCAAGGUUGUAUGUCACGCAGAGGAAGAUUUGUUGUUCAGUGGUUGAUCGAUUUGUCUUUAAAAUCCCAGGCUUUCGAAGACUUCUUGAGAAAUUGUUCAUGAACUGUACAAAGGAAGAUUGUUAUUCUGCUCUCAAAACUUACCUGUUGGGUGUUGCACCUGGAGGAACACGAGAAGGGCUCUAUAGCAAUAGUGACUAUCCUAUCGUAUGGGCUAAACGAAUAGGUUUUGCUCAGCUUGCCAUAGAUACAAAAGUGCCCAUAAUCCCCAUGUUUACAGAGAACCAUCGUGAGGGAUACAAGGUAAUUGGACAAUCAGGACUACAGAAAAUGAUGUACGAAAAAUUUCGAUUACCAUUUGCUUCUGUCUAUGGUGGGUUUCCAGUCAAAUGGAGGACGUACCUUGGUGAGCCCAUUCCAUAUGAUCCAAAUAUAACUGCUGAAGAGCUGGCCAAAAAGGCAAGGAUAGCCCUGGAGGCUUUAAGAGACAAACACCAAAAGCGACCAGGAAGCAUAGGACGAGCUCUCCUGGAACGAUUUCAGUGCCACACGAAGGAGGAGUGA